UAGCCCCUCCAAAAUUCCUUAGCAGUUCGGGAGAGAUGCCGAACGCCGCCAUGGCCGGCACCAAGUUCUCGUCGUACCACCUCGCCGCAGCGCUCCGACGCGAGCGCGACCCCUCCGCCGCGCUCCGCCUCUUCCUCAGCCCGCCGACCACCCCUGUCUCCACCCCGUUCCGCUACUCCCUCCGCUGCUACGACCUCAUCAUCUCCAAGCUCGCCGCCGCGCGGCACUUCCCGGCCAUGGAGUCCCUCCUCUCCAGCCUCCGCGCCUCCCCCCUCCAGCCUCGCGAGCCCCUGCUCCACUGCGUCAUAUCCGCCUACGGCCGCGCCCGCCUCCCCGCCGCCGCCCGCCGCGCCUUCGCCCACCCCGCCUUCCCCGGCCCCCGCACCACCCGCGCCCUCAACGCCCUCCUGCACGCCCUCGCCGUCUGCAGCACGCCCCUCGCCGAGCUCCUCUCUGUUUGCCGGGACGCCGCCAUCCCUCCGGACGCGUGCACCUACAACAUCCUCAUCCGCGCGGCUGCGGCGUCUGGUGGCUCGGUCGACCACGUCCGCCUCCUGUUCGACGAAAUGCUGCAGCGGCGGAUCGCCCCGACCGUCGUCACGUUUGGCACCCUGGUUGCCGCGUUUUGCGAUUGUGGUCGUCUCGAGGAGGCGUUCGACGUGAAGGACGCCAUGGCUGAGCAGUACAAUGUGAGGCCAAAUGCUCAUGUGUAUGCCAGCUUGAUGAAGGGGCUCUGUCAGAGGGGGGAUGUGGACAAGGCGGUUAGGCUCAAAGAGGAGAUGGUGGCCGACGCAGAUCUUGUGCUGGAUCCCGCCAUUUAUGCGACCUUGGUUAGGGCGUUGUUUAGGGGUGGCCGGAAAGGGGAAGUGGUUGGUUUGCUGGAAGAGAUGAAGGGUAGGGACAUUCAGGCUGAUAGAGUGGUGCACAAUGCGAUGAUCGCAGGUUUCUGUGAGGAUGAGGGCGAUUUGGAUGCUGCGUUCGCGGUGCUUGAUGACAUGCAGAACAGCGGGUGCAAGGCAGAUGUAGUGAGUUAUAACACGUUGGUUGCUGGGCUGUGCAAGUUGGGGCGGUGGCAGGAUGCAAAUGAGUUGGUUGAGGAUAUGCCUAGAAGGGGCUGCCCUCCUGAUGUGGUGACGUACAGAAUGCUCUUUGAUGGCAUGUGUGUAGCUGGGGCAUUUCAUGAAGCAGAUCAGGUUUUGGAUGAGAUGACCUUUAAGGGUUUUGCGCCAAGCAAGGAUGGUGCGACCAAGUUCAUUCAGGGAAUUGAGAGGGAAGGGGAUGCAGUGUUGCUAGAGUCAGUGUUAUGCCGUCUGGCGAAGGUGAAUGCUCUAGAGUCAAGUGCAUGGGAGAAAGCUGUCACCAGUGCGCUGAAUGACCCUGCAGAGCUUAUGACAGAGAAACAUCUGGAUAGUUUAAGAUUCACUUGACUGGGUCUCUGGAUACUUGAUUAACCUGGUUGUUGUUUUGAAAGUAUGAUUGUGCUGUUUUAUCUACUAAGCUACCACUAUGUUGUAUUGCUAGCCAAGGCUACCUAUCAGGUUUUCCUACGCAAUUCAGGGUGGAUGUAGUGUGCAGAUGAGAGUAUAUUGGCGAUAAAAAUACUUCAUACAAGGUUAUAAAAACAUAAAAGGUUACAAGAAUUAGCAAAUGCCAGAAAGAGUAAAGAUAUUGGGGAAAAGACUUGACAAGUGCAACAGUCCUAUGGCUAUCUUAUCAAUUUUUCGCCUUUCAAAACUGAAGUAUUCAGUUGGAAACAGAUGUAGUGAGUAUAUGUUUACCACGUCCAUCUCCUGCGCUCUGUGCCACACAGAAUCAGCUCUGUUAGCAGUAGUUCGUAGCCGGAGCCUGGACUGGACAGUCUCUCCUGUUUAUCUUUGAAAACCCUGGUGUCAUCAUGAAGGUUGUUUUUUUAGGGCCAGAUUUCCUGAACACAAUUUCCUGAAGGACAGAAAACCUCAAAGCUUCUGAUUUUUGUUGUUGAUAUGGCUAGAAAGAAAUAGACUGAGUCUUCAGGCAAGGGGAGCACUCUUCUCCUUGAUUGCAUACAUCUAGGAAGAAGUUUCUGCUUGGAAGGAGGUUCGCCGGUUAAUGUCUAGUUUAGUAUUUUUUUUCCUGCCUGUAGUCCAACAACCUCCAUCCGUUGAAUAAAAAUCUAGCACUUGCUCACAUAAAAAGUGAACUUCUGCCUCCGUCCCAUAAUAUAAGAGCGUUUUUGACACUACACUAGGGAGUAUUUGUUUGGCAUAGAACCAGAUCAAGUUUUGUUUCACUCCAGUUUAAACCAUUUUUCUUAGUUAUCCUGCUGUUCCCCAUAUAAAUUCUUAUGAUUAUCGGAUAUGCAAACCUUUCAUAGUUGAUUUCCAACUUCCAAUUUUGAUUCUCUUUUAUUCAUAUACAAUCUACAUGUAAAAUAAAAUCAGUACUGCAUUAAGGUAUGUAUCAUUGGUAAAUGGUAAAGUAAUAUCCUGCACCAUUAGCAUGUAAUUGGAUCAUUAGUCUUUGGUGCAAAGUAUGCCAUGACCUCUAGGGCCAUUUUGUUUGGACUCAAAUGAAUGCUUUUAAUGUCACUUUCAUCAACUCAUUAGCUGAUUCUUUCACUUGUUUAGUAUUUCGUAUUAAUGGAAAUAUGAGGUUGGUAAGCAAUACUCUGAACACACCUGUAAAUUUUUCUUUCUGUGUUGGUUCUAAGAACAUGUCCUGUUCCAGCCUAUCGGAAACUUGCUUGGAGCAAUCAUCCUGAUGUAAACUAGUAAGUUUGGUAAUCAUUAGCUUGUUGCUUUUCAGCUCCUUAUAACACUUUUGUUUCAACAAUGCGGUUGCUGCCGACCAUCCAGAGGACGCUGGAGACACGGUUUGAACUCUGAAAGUUGACUUCAUCCGGGAAGAGAAAUGGCCAGUCGGUUCAGAAGUUGCAUGUCUAAAGUCAUCGCGCUGAAGCUCCUUUUUUUUCACAAGCGAACUGAAACUAUUCCCAAUCCAAAACAUGUCAGGCUAACUACCCAGGAUUUUCUCCCUGUCCACUACCGGAGCAGGAUUUGGAGUCACUGGACGGAAAAUCGUGGAUCCGAAGCUCGUCGGCGACAAACUCCGCAUGAUUCGCUCGGAGAAGGCCUCGGCUACAAGGAGGCGGACCGCCGUCAUGUCAUAGGCGUGAGCCGCCUGCUCCACCAACACGGGGCGGCUGCGUGGCCCUCUCCCAGUCACAACGCCGAUCCGAUCGACGACGGCCCCCCAUGUUGAUUCAGCGGUGGUGACCCCUGACGACUCGGUUGCAGCCACUGAAAUAUAAGUGCCAGCCGAUGCACCGCUUAAUUUUUUAAAAGAGUUAUAAACCGGAUAAGGGUUCGGCUAGGUCCGGUUUAACUCUUCAAAACAAUUUUUUGAAAGAGCUAAGCGGUUUCGAGGGUUCGACAAGAGAUGCUCUUACAGCCACGCAUGGCCUGGGCCCUGGGGUUCAGUCUGUUGAGUGCUUGAGUAAAAAAUUAUCAGGAUAACUGAAGCCUGAAGGUAAGGCUUUUACAUGUGUCAAAGAGAAACACUGAUCGAGAAUAUAAGAUAGUUAGGUAGGUAGGACAGGCGCAUCAUUCAGUUUCUUACUAAACACGAGUCCUGAGCUUGGGCGCGUGUUGUGUCACGCCUGCUUUUGCUUUUGCUUGUGUUGCUCAACUCAACAAGACAAGAGUCUUGAAAGAAAACGCACAGGCAUCGCAUCGCAUCGCAGCUUAA